ACUGUAUAUCAUAUAGUAUAGAGAUCUGCCAUAUUCUGUAUGCACGAUAUACCAUGCCUGGAGUUUUGUUUUUGCCACACUCCACACCCUGUGAAAUUCACUGGAGUGGAAAGGGAGCAUAUUUUAGUUUCUUAGAUAUGGGACAAUGACGAGUUUCAAAAUAAGGGUAUGCACUAUGGUAGACUCUCCAAUAUGCCCCCACCUUUCCAAGCUGACACAUUUUUACAGAGGCAUUUAUCCAAAAGCCCUUCGCAGACUACUGCAUCUAGAGGCCCUCAAUCAAAAUGCCAACACUUUCGUCGAGUUUAUUAACAAUCGAAGAGAAACCUUGUUUCACCUGAGGGGAAAAUAUUGCUGUUGUGGAUCCCGACAACAUUCAGUGUUAAAACAGGCAGAAUGGAACGUUCUAUUUAAAACUCACAUUAAUAAAUGUCCAAAUAAUGGUACUGAUUGUUUCCAUAUGUUUAAAGCACCAGAAUGGCUAACAGUAGAUAUGCUCGAAUUUUCUCUGGCUUGUGUUCUUCUUCGCAACAUUUGUCAUCGUCGAUACGAAAACAUCGUGAAGACUGCACAGUUGCAUCGAAACGAAGUCAUACACACGGAAAAAUCGUCGAUAGGUGAGGACGAAUUUGAAUUGCUUUGGAGAAAAGCUGUAACAUCGGCUUCCGACAUAGCUGCUCGUGUGUCAACGGAGUUUAAGAACCAGAUACGUGAGGAAGCUGAUUUGAUUUACAAAUAUAAACCCAUGUUGACCCGAUAUCUAGAAAACACGCUCUGUGAAGUAGAGAAUCAUGAAAAGGACGACUCAUUUUCGCCACUAAAAGUGGUAGAAAACAUUCUAAACACCUUGGAGCAACACGGCAUCGCCAUCAUUGUUGGAUAUCCAGGCAGUGGAAAGUCUUCCAUAGGUCUGGAGGUGAUUCGACACAUGCACACAAAAGAUAGGACAGUAAUCAAGUUCAAUCGGGUCCAAAAGUGGAACGAACUUGUCAAUCCAAAAUUCGGAUAUGUUGUCUUUGUUGACGACUUUCUAGGAGUAUCCAAUACGUCAAAUGCCGGGAUAUCCGAGUUGAAGCCUUUUUUCAGCACCAUUUACGCCUGUGUAAAGAAUAGUAAAACUCAGGUAGUCUUGACAGUACGAAAAUCAAUUUACGAAAGAUGGCGUGACGAAUUAGAAGAAACAAGAUUAUUUGAAUUUGAGAGUAUGAUAGAUUUGACAACGGAACAGUUUUGUACUUCCAUGGACGAGAAAAAAGUAAUGUUGCUAAAUCAUUUACAGAGCCGGAAAAUACAGGUUAUGAGAACAAAGACAGAAGCAGAAGGAAGUGAAGGGCCAAGUAUUGACCAGUUUACGGUAGACGCCAUUUCCCAGACAAGUGCCUUUAACUUUCCACUGUUGUGUUUCUUAUUCACAAAAUCAAAAAAUCUUCGUCUGGGAUUGAAGUUCUUUGAACAACCAAGAAGUACAAUUGUAACAACCAUUGAUGCAUUUAGAAAAUGUAGUAAUACAAACGAUAAAUGGAAAUAUGCAGUUUUAUCAUACACAGCUGUUUCUGGAAACGUGAUCAAUCCACGGAAAUUAAACAUGAAGUAUAUGACUAUCAUUGCCAAAUCGUUGACCCUGAAACUCAAAGGUAGUGACCAAGACAAAGUUGCAACUUCAGACGCUGUUGAGGAACUUAAAGACGAGUACUUAAGACAAAGUGGGAGAGAUACAUUCGAGUUCAUACACCAAACAUUUCUGGAGGCCACGGUCCUAUCGUGUGGAAAGGUGAUUCCAGAACUUGUGAUAGAACAUUGUAACAACGAAACUCUAUUUGAACUGCUAAGGACAGCGGCCUAUGAGGAAAGAGAAGGCGAACUCGUUUUUAAGUUGGGUGAAGAAAAUUAUAGAACACUGGCAGAUCGUUUGAUAUUAGAAAUUGUAUCAAAUCUUAAAGUAAUACCGCAUGUUUUAUUGCAUCCUGCCAUGGAAGACAGCAACUUUUCUGCCACGUUUUUCUCUUGUCUUCAAUCAUCAAUCGAAAAGAAAACCAUCUCUUCCCAGAAUAUCGAUCGUCUUUUGAUAGAGGCAUCGAAAAUAGGUCACCUUGGAGCUGUGACAGUUUGCUUUAAAACCAAAGUUCCACAGCAAGUGUUAGAAGAAGCUGUCAACCUCGCAAGUUAUAAUGACCAUGCGAACGUUGUUGAACUUUUAGCCAGAGAUUUGAAGCCUGAUCCAUAUUUCUUACAAGCUUGUAGUUUUGGUUGUGGAAAGGUUGUAAUUGCAAUGCUAAAGAAAGGUUUCAUAACAGAUUUGGAAUUGAUUAAAGAGGGAAUUUUCAGAUCAUCUAAAGCUGGUCAUGCAACGACAACUAAUAUACUAAUUAGUGUUUACAAAGGUUCCACAGAAUCAUCUCCCACAUUUAAACAAACAAUGGUGAAGAUAUUGAAAGACGCAUUUGAAGCCGAGAAAACAAGUACCGUAAGAGAAAUAAUUUCUUACCAACAUUUGGACCUUGAUGAUGAUGACCUAAUAAGUCUAGCUUUGGAGGCAUGUUUCUCAAAUCAAUUGGAUCUAGCAAAAUUUCUUGUUCAUGAAUUUUGUCAAGAAAUGAACAUGACGAGGAUACAAAAAGUCGACUGGAAGCUUUUACGAGGAAACAGAUUAUGUAUAGAUCUCCUUUUUCAGAUGGAAGAACUUUUACAUCUUGAUGAAUUUAUUAACAGUGUAUCCAUUGAUACCAUUCUCAUCUCUACACAUGAAUGGAGCUAUAUUAUAGAGAAGAUGCACUCACGCUUUCCAAUGAAUGUUCAGGAAUCAGUUUCUGCACGCCCCGACCUGUUGCUGCAUUUCCUUUGGAUUGGUUGUCAUUCCAUUUUCUCUCAGUUAGUUCAGGAGAAUACGGAACUAUUGCCAAAUCUUCAAAAGUGCGGGAAAGUAGCAGAAAAAUAUUCCUUUGCAGAAUUCGCUGCUUUUUGUGGGUUUCCUGAUCUCCAUUUGGUCACAAGUGACCUUCAAAAUAGAGAAGAUUUACUUCUAUGCUGCAUUCAAGGAUAUCGAAAGGAAGGAAGGGUAGAUAACGAUACUGAAAUAUUUGGCUAUAAGAAACGGUUUUACACUGUCAAUUAUUUUGAAAUCGAUUCGCGUCAAAAAGGAUAUCUCCGUUGCCUGCAGAUUCUAUAUGACGCAAGCGGAAUACUGAGCCCGGAAUCGCCAGUCUUAACUGAAAUAAUAGCAUUAAUGCACGGCCUGUUUGGUCCCCCAACGCUGUCCUUUAUGGACAACAAAGGUGAUGCAAUUUCGGAAAGCAUACUGCCAAUAUCAUCCAGUAAAAUGGAAGUUUUACAAUUCCUAGAUAAAAUACUUCUUCAACAUCUAGAUACUGUAAAAGUCAAUGAAAUGUUUCUUGCCUUGGAACAGGUGUGAUUGAAAAACAAAGCAUCAAAGUUUUACACGACCGUGUUUGUUGAUGUUCAACUUGGACUCACAAAAUAUGGAUAUAUGCUGAAUGCUGAACGAAAAUUUCAAUGCUGAUUUGUGCUAAUUGGUACGACUGACAUUCGAGCUAAAUUGUGUCCGAUCGAAAAAUUGGAUGACAUUACUUAUUACAAUGUAUAAUAUUCUAUCUACAACGAUCACAGUUCAUGUCUAAUAAAUGGAUGGUGGGAUUUUUGUAACUAUCUUGCCAUUUUGAAGAGUUUAUCAAAUAAAAAUAAUCCAAAGUAAGAAUGUACAAAAUCUUAA